AUGGCGGCGAGCGGAGGCGACCUGGCUGGCGCUCUGCAGGAGGCGGCCGCCAAGGUCUCGGAGAUCAUCGCAAGGGCGGAGUGGCUCUUGGAUCCGACGUCCCCGGAGUCCAAGGCCGCAGCCGAGGGCGCGCGCUCCUUCGUGAAGCUCUUCUUCGAUGAGGGACAGGUGCGGAGCCCCGAGACUCUCCGCAGCACCGCCAAAGAUCUUCCACGGCUGGUGGUGGAUGGCUUCGACCGAGAGCAAAUCUGGGAAGAGGUGGAGGUGCAAAAUGUGCCCCUUCGUCAGCACCUGCGGAAGCGAGUCUCGAAACUGGCUGUGGCGCCUAAGGGAGCCAUCGACCUUACGCUUGCCACGAGCCAGACGAGCCAGGCCGUCGCAGAGGAGGGCGAGGAUGCAGCCGGAGAGGCCAUGGAAGAGCUCCCGGCGGAAACGCCGACGAAGCCCACCACGUGCCCGGCCUGCGGCAACAAGUACUUAGAAGACGCGAUCUUCUGCCGGAAGUGCGGCCGCAAGCGUGACGAGGUCGACGAGGCUGAGUCAAAGGACAGCUCAAAGAAAGGAGCGCCGAAGGCAGAAGCUGCCGAUGAGCAGGAAGAGGCUCUUGGAGAUGUGCCGCAGGACGAGGCGGACAAGGCCGGCGUGGGCACGCGGGACCAAGCCGAAGAGGACUUCUUCAGCCUCGAAGACAUGGAGAAGUUUGCUGACAUAGCCGACAAAGGUACCAUGAGGCUUGACGAGGAUGCGGAGGAAAGCGAUUUCGACCUCCUCGAGGCCGGGGAUGCGGACGGCGACGACGAGGCUGCCAACGUCACCUUCGCGGACUUCUUCGGGGCGCCAGAUGGCAAAGUUUCGAAGCCCGCCGCGGAGAAGGCUGCAAAGGCCAGCCAGGGAGAAAGUGCCGGGGAGGAGGAGCUGGAGGAGGAAGAGGGCGAGGAGGAAGAGGAGGAAGAGGAUGCCGAGCCUGGAGCCCUAGGCGAGCUCGAUGAAGAGGAGAAGGCGCUGGAGGCCCAGCUGAAGGCGCUACAGGCCCAGGGCAACGAGGAUGACGAAGGUGAGGAGGAAGAAGAAAAGGAGAUCGACGAGGAGGGCGAGGUCACCGGCAAGGAAGACGAUGGUGGAGGAAAGUCCAGCUCCAAGGGCAAAGAGAGAUCUCUCUACGAAAUGGACAGGCGGCUGCAGUCCUUGGAGGAGGAGGUACGAAAGCUCGAGGAAGAGCAGCUGCAGGAGAAGAGCUGGGAAAUGAAGGGUGAGGUCACUGCGCGUCAUCGACCCUUGAACUCGCUCCUCGAGGUGGCGCUGGACCAGCCUAUGACCCACUUCGCUGCCCGACGGGCGGAGGAGACCGGCGGGGAUGCGGAGCUAGACGAGCAGGCCAGCACGUGCAGUGCAAUUCUAACACUCCUUUCCUCAAGGCCGCUGGCCGAUGUUACCGGCAUUGCAGAUAACGCGGUCUAA